AUGGACCGCCGAACCCCGGACUUUGUCGACAGAAUUCCCCUCACCGUCAAGCAAGCACUCGACAACGACUUGAUCAACGUGGACCAAGAGAAUUUCCUACUCGACUUCAUUCUACGGAUCUUCAAGGAUAGCGAGGCAGAGAUCACGCUCGGUCCCUUUCGUGAAGAUGUUGUCGAGAAGGGCUUGACUCAAGCGGAAAGACUCGCAUACAAGCUCUCGAAGAUCCUUCCCGACUAUGUUCCCAUGCCUUGGGCCGUCAAGUACUCCUGGGACAACAUAUACCGGCGCGAUCUCAAGCUCAUCAAUAACCCCGGACUUUUCUAUCCAGAGGACCCAGCAUCGGUUCCGCGUGCACCUCGUCAUGUCCGAGUGGAGCCAGGCCGCAAGCAGGGGGGCGCAUGCGCACGCCAGUACGGGCGAUCGUGGCCGCUGAGGGCGUUCGAGUCCGAUGUACAGCUUGGGAGGGUAGAUGUGAAUGAGGUUGCUGCGCUCUCCCGUAUCGUGCCUGAGCGAGGACGUACUUACCAGUUCGACGAGCUCUUCCCACCCGGGGUUUUCCCGGGUGAAGUUGUAGGCGCGUGCUGCGGGUACCACCGGGACAAGAGCCUCAAAACGUUGGAGGCCUUCAUCAUCAAGCCCAGCGGCCGUCGCGCCUCACGCCCGUCCAAGGCAACUACAACUCGUCCCCCAACACCCAAGCUUAAGGAUGCGAACAUGAAGUCGUUCAUCACGAUCAUAGCACGUCCGCAACGCGCUCCGCGUCCCCCAGCUCCUCCUGUCCUAGUCAAGACUUACACCGCCUCCAAGCUCACCACGUACUUUGUGUGUGUUGGCCGCCAGUCACCUAUCUAG